AUGCUGCAAUUUUACAAGAGGCAUCGCCUCAGGAUAUUAAAAACUACUUAUGUACUCCUGCUGCUGACAAUGUUCAAGAGCAUGCAAGCGCGACCCAGGAUUGCCCGCGACGGUGACCGGCUCGGCCAGCAGAGGGAUAAACCGCCCCGGGCGAAGCCCGGUUCGCUGCUCGAAAUUACAACGGAGUCUGAAACAGACACGGAGUCAGAACCAAGUAUUCGGGCGCAAAGCUCCCGCAGCGACCGUGACGACGAAAAUGCCACGGAGCGCGACGCCGGCUCAGCGGGCUCGGAAAAAUCCUCGCCAACGCGCCAUAAUUUCAUGUUCAUGCUAAUCAUCAAGAACCGCAAGUGCAUGGCGCUUUUUCUGUUCCAGGCAAUCCUCUUAGUCAUGCGAACUGUGCUUUCUCUCCGCGUAGCCACGCUGGAUGGACUGCUUGUUUCCCGCCUUGUCAAAGCAGAGUACCGCAAGUUCCUGCAGGUGUUGCUGGGGCAGUGGAUGGUAUUGGGCAUCCCGGCCAGUAUCAUAAACUCGCUCAUCCACUACACUACACGGCUCUGUGCCGUGAGUGUCAACAGGGUUAUUUCCAAGCACCUUCUGGACCGGUAUAUGUCUUCACACCACACGUUCUACUCCGUCAACAGCAUACCCCACGGCGGCAAGAAUUUAGUCGCAUAUAACGCUUCUGCCGCGGUGAGCGAGGACACGGAAGAACUGGCACGCUCAGACCUUUCCGUGCAAUAUUUGACUCGCGAUGUGGGAGCCUUUUCCUACAAUCUUUCGGUACUUUUGAACCAACUAUUGAAACCCACUCUGGAUCUGAUCCUGUGUUCUUUCAAGCUGGUUUCAAGCGCUAACAACAGCAUGAUGGGAGAGGGCACAUUGGCACUAGGAAUCAUCGUACAUGUCAGCAACAUGCUGUUGAAGAUGAUCCAACCCAAUUUCACCAAACUGUCCAUCCAACGAACCCAUCUUGAGGGUGUUUUUAGAAGCCUGCACUCUAAGAUACACUCUAGCAACGAAGAGAUUGCCCUAUUAAAGGGCCAAUCUACGGAGCUUUGGAACCUCGAUUACAAGUUCUACCAACUGGCCAUUUUCCUGAACAGAGAACUAAGGUUGCACUCCGUCUAUGACUUUGCUACAACAUUCAUAAUCAAAUACACAUGGGGAGCAGCUGGACUGGCCUUGUGCUCAAUUCCUAUAUUUUUCCAGAAGGAGCACAGCAACCAAGAUAUAACUGCGGAAUUUAUUACCAAUAGGCGUCUGCUUCUAACUGCGUCUUCCUCUGUCGGAAGGUUUGUUCAGCUUAAGAAAAGCAUUCAGCAGCUACGCGGAGUUUCCAUGAGGUUGCGGCAAUUUGACCAGAGACUAGACCUUCCUCCAGAGUUCGCCGAACUUGAGCAAGGGGAUAGUCUCAUAGAUUACAACGACUCCAAAAUCCAAUUUAUCAACAUACCCUUGGUAACGCCCACGCAUCAGAUUCUCAUCCCAGAACUUAACUUUGAACUGAACCACGGGGAUCACUUGCUAAUUAUAGGUCCCAACGGGUGCGGUAAGUCGUCGCUCUUCCGGGUGCUAGGAGGUUUGUGGCCCAUAAUGAAGUCGUUUACACAUCCAGAAAGGGAAUCAAAGCUCAUAAUGCCUCCAAGAAUAGGCCCUAACGGCGAAAAGCCAAUCUUCUAUUUACCACAGAAGCCUUUCAUGGGCAAUAAAUUCACAUUUCGUGAGCAACUUAUCUACCCUGACACUAUGGAGAAAUAUGACGCCAGAUACGAAGGCGACUUCUCUAAAGGAGACCAUGACUUAACUGAAAUUCUCCAUGUUUUAGAACUGGAUGACUUACUGACUGAGAAUAUGUCAAUAAUCAUGGCAAACUCCACCGAAGAUAGCAACACAAUUCCAGAGGUCACAAAUCAGCAGGCUUUUGAUGUGAUACGAAACUGGUCCGAGGAGCUUUCGAUUGGAGUCCAGCAAAGGCUGGCAAUGGCGCGCAUGUAUUAUCACAAGCCAAGGUUUGCAGUUCUUGAUGAAUGCACGUCGGCAGUGUCUCCACAAAUGGAACAAAAGAUGUAUUCCCAUGCCCAAGGACUUGGUAUAUCUCUAAUAUCCGUCUGUCACAGGACAACGUUAUGGCAUUUCCACAACUAUCUGUUGAAGUUCGACGGCAAAGGAGAUUGUGAAUUUGGAAAGUUCGAUCCUGAGCAAAGGUUACAUGACGAAGAUAAGCUCAAUGAGCUCAAUACAAAACUUGAGAAAGACGUGCCACUGUGGAACAGACGGCUGCAAGAGCUAAUUAUUGCCAAAAAAUCGAACGUCCUAAGAAAAUCACAGACUAAUCUCAAUUCUUUGUCUUCCUCAAAAAACCUAGUGUUGAACUCGACGCCCGCUAAUAGGUGA